GGCGGCGUGCGGAGUCAGUUUUGAGAGUUCGAGCAGCAUAGAGGAUAGAAAGGAUGACAAACGACAGGCUCGAAAAGAGGCGAUAGAAAAGGUAUAAACUGCCAAGCAGCAGUAUGACAAGGAAGAGAGGAGGAAGGAGCUGAAGAGGCUGAGAGGCGAGGACACAUGGAUGCUCCCUGAGAUCAACCAUAGGCUGCAGGAGAUAGAAGAAGAGGAUUCUUUGAAGAGCAAGAAGAAAAAAGAAAAGAAAUCUAAAAAGAAAAAGGAGAAGAAGAAGAAGGCCAAGAAAGAGAAGAAAACAGGAGAAACAGGAGAUGGCUCUAAUGACAGCUCAGAGGACUCGGGGGAUGAGUGGGUUGAGGCCAAACCACAGGCCCAAACUGCUAAAGCCUGGAAGCUCCCUGAUGACUCUAAACCUUCAGAGAGCAACCAAAGCCCAGACCAGAAUGUCCAACAGAGAGACGAAUGGAUGACCUUUGACUUCCUGGCAAUGAAAACUACCUCUACAACAGAGAGGAGAGCUGAGAAAGAACGGCUGAAAGACGAGGAGAAAGCAAAAGCACAGGCCAUUGAACAGGCUGGUUGGCAUAAAUUGGAACUUAACCCGUACUGGAAAGAUGGAGGAUCUGGUCUGCCCCCAGAGGAGAAGGCUGGAGCUGCAACAACAAAAGUCUCCGUAGUGAACGACGCAGGUCUGAGCUGGCUGAGGAAGAGCUUCCAGAGGAUGAAGGAGCAGGCUGAGAGGGAGCAGCGCAGCCUGAAGGAUGUGGUGUCUGAGAGAUACGGGUCAAUGGAAGAAUUUCAGCAGAGACUUGAUGAUGCUGAAAAAGCCGUUUACGGAGAGAAGAGAGGAGGGGGAGAGAGGACAGCAAGAGGCGGAUGGAGGAAAGGAGACAAUGUGGACAGAGGGAGGAUGUGGAGAAAAGAGGGAGAAGGAGCAGACAGAGAUCAGUGGAGAAGAAGUGAAUGGGAAAGAGAUCCGUCACCAACAGACAGACAGAGAAACCGAGCCGGGAGAGGAGAGGGCAGGGAGAGAGAGCGGGGAGGGUAUCGAGGGAGAGCGGAGGAGAGAGGUGGAGAUGGUGACAGGUUUAGAGAGAGCGAUAGAGACAAAAGGAGAGACAGAGAUGGUGAAAGAAACCGAGAGAGAGACAGAGAGACGGAUAGAGAUACUGAAAGAAACAGAGAGAGGGACAGAGAGACGGAUAGGGAUGGUGAAAGAAACAGAGCGAGGGACAGAGACAGAGAGGUGGAUAGAGAUGGUGAAAGAAACCGAGAGAGGGAUAGAGAUAGCGUAAGAUACAGAGACACGGAUAGAGAUAGUGAAAGAGAGAGACCUGUUACAUCAUUAUCAUCAGGGGAAAGUUGGAGUCAAGGUUCUUCCUCUCUUGGGUCACUAAAAAGCCGCUUCCUCAAACCCUCUGAAGAUGACGAUAGCGGUGAAGUUUUAGAGCGUCGCCGCCCUCCUCCUGCAGGUCGACCCAAAGGGUUCCUAAAACCAAACUCUGACGAUGAAGACUCUGAUCCACGUAAUACAAGCGUUCCAACCUGGAAGAAGAGCAGCAGUUCUUCCCGGGAAUCUGAUAGCGCAGAGAAACAACAACACCAGGAGAAAGAGAGGGAUCCUGGGAAGGCUGCAAAAGCUCCUCAAGACUCCGGCAUGCACGUUGAUAAAGCUGCUGCUACAACAACAUCAAGGAGUGAGAGUGAGAGUGAGGAAGAGGAGGAGCAGGUUCCGCUGCUGUCAGAGGAGGAGAUGAACAAACUUGGUGCCAAACUGGUGAAGGCAGAGAUCAUGGGAAACACGGCUAUGGUGGAGAAGCUAAAAUCCCAGCUCGAUGCAGCACACAAAGCCAAAGAGAUCCACGCCAACCAACAGAAGCAACAAGAAACAGCAAGAUCAAAACAGGUCACAGGUCGCUCCAGUGAAGACCAGGAAGUCCUGCUGUUCAGAACAGACCAAUCAGGUCGGGCCUGGCCAGUCAAUGCCCCGUCUGGAUCCCUGGAGCCCCACGGAGGACGACGGAAGAAGAAAGCGAUUGAGACUCACGUUGACGGGGAGCGUGUGCGCUACUUCCAGGAUGAUGAUAAUGUGGGUCUGAAGGAGAUGGUGAGGAGGGAGAAGAUGAGCACUGCACAGGAUCAGAAUGCCCUCUACUCUCGCAUGGCUUCAAAGAUGAUGGGAAAGACAGACGGCGACAACUACACGCUGGAUGACAUGUUUGUGUCGAGUGCAGCACAGCGGGAGGGCGAGGGGAGGGAGGAGGAGAGGAUGAGGAACAAAGCCAUUGGGGAGAGUAGGAGGCUGGCUGCCUCCAUGGAGAAAUGCCACUACUGCUUCAGCAAUCAAGAGCUCCCGAAGCACCUCAUAGUGGCAAUAGGGAGCAAGGUGUACCUGAGCCUGCCAGCAGGAGUGUCCAUGACAGAGGGCCACUGUCUCAUCUGUCCUCUUUAUCAUCACUGCUCUGCCACCUUAUUGGACGAGGAUGUCUGGUCAGAAAUGCAGCUGUUCCGGCGUACUUUGGUGCGUAUGUUUGAGUCCCAGGAGCUCGACUGUGUGUUCAUGGAAACACACAUGAACCCACGCAGGAGGCAACACAUGGUCCUAGAGUGUAUCCCACUACCACGAGAACUGGGCGAUAUGGCACCCAUAUACUUUAAGAAAGCUAUCAUGGAGUGUGACGAGGAAUGGGCCAUGAACAAAAAGGUCGUCGACCUCUCUUCGAAAGACAUCCGCCAAGCUGUUCCUCGAGGUCUGCCUUACUUUGCAGUAGACUUUGGACUCCAGGGAGGGUUUGCUCAUGUCAUUGAAAACGAGCAGAAAUUCCCCCAUUACUUCGGCAAGGAAGUGGUUGGAGGCAUGAUGGACUUGGAGCCGCGACGGUGGAGAAAAUUAAUCCGGGAGAACUUUGACGAUCAGAGGAAAAAAGUCCUGCAGUUUGCACAGUGGUGGAAACCCUAUGACUGCACCAAGACGGAGGGUUAACAAGACUAACUCACAGAGAGGUGUACAACACUCUGCUCAGAAACAGAGACUACACAGACAUGAAUAAAAUACACUGUUGUUCCCAGAGUUGAAGUCACAUAUGGAGAUAAUGGAGCAGAUGCCUUCAUGAUAAUUGGACACAAAAUCUCUUUUUUAGAAGUUAUAACAUGAGAACUUGUAUUACUUAAAUAAAAAGUAAAUGAUUAA